AUGUCGGACCCAAAGCGCACGCGUCUCUCGGGCGAUGCCUUGUUGCUGCAAGAGGGUAGCAAUAGAGCCAUGGCCGCGCCGCUGCACACCUGGUUCACUUCGCCCGCGCGGACGCACAGCAACUUAGCGCAGGCGAAAGAGCUGCCCUUGCACCUGAUUCAGCUCAUCCUCACACACCUCGACGAUGUCGGUGACCUCGCGCGCAUCACGCGCACGUCGCGUCUGUUCUACUACAUGACGCUUCCGCGGCUCUACGAGACGGUCACGUUACACUCGUAUGCCGAGAUACGAUACGUAGAUGGCAGGCCAGAAGGCUACGGCAAUGGCAGCCCGUUUGCCAUGGGCCUCAACACGCUCGUGUCGCGAAACUUUGGCGACUACAUACAGACGUUCCGGGUCAAAGGCGAUUGGCGAGAACAUGAUACGGAGGAAUACAAGCAGGGCCGAGUGCCGGACAACAGCAUGAUACUGCAGGUUGUCAUGCGUGCCGCCAUUGACAAGAUGAAGAACCUCAAGGCUUUCGCUUGGGAGCUGAGCACUCCUCCUUUGUAUACCGUCUACCAGGGCAUCGCAGCCAGGACGACGCUUGUCUCGCUCACCCUUCGGUGUCAAACCAAACGAAUACCACGGCCGACCACCAUUAUACCUCCGCUUCCGAACCUGACCACUCUGAUCGUGUACGAUAUCGAUCCUCUCUGCUACCCCGACGAUAUCUCGCUGCUUCUGUUGGGUUCCAAAAAGCUCGAGCACCUCACAUUACACUGGAGUCCGCGCAUGCGGGCUGUAGGCGAAGAGUCGAUUUCGCUGCACUCGUUAUUCGGACGAUGCAUGUCUGCCAAGUAUUCUAUACCUCUUAAGCACCUGGGAAUAUACAACAUCUACACUCGCUUCUCCGACGAUGGCUUCCACCAUGUUAUCCGCCCCGACACCAAUACAGAGCUCACCCUGAUCAACGCCAUGGGCUCCUCGGACCCUAUGACCGUUUUUGCCGACGACUCUUGGAGGAUACACAGUAAUCACCCGACGCCUCACAACCUGAAGGUGAUGCGCACCGAUAAUACGGAUAAAGAGAGCGCUGUCAUGCUAGGCAAAUUCAAGGGCAUGGAGCGGUUUUACAUUGUGAGCAAUAGGCGAGGCAAGGACUCACCAAGAUCUACCAGCGCUGCUGCAACCCCAACAACACCGUCCACGAUGACGCCAGGUGUCAUCGGAGUCUCUAGCGCGAGCAGUACUCCAAAACACACGACCGACCAACGCUGUCGCAGCAUCGGGAGUGAAUUUAUUGCGGCCAUUCAAACCAAUCACAACCACAGCAUUCGCCAUCUCCUUCUCUCGGAUCGCUGGGUAUUAUCCGACGAUGCCCUGUUCAGACUUUGCCAAACGUGCUCUAAUUUGGAGCAAGUUGGUUUCGCUUGCUCAGUGCCACCGCUUGAGUCUCUGCGCCAGGUCUUUGCUCUGGUGCCCAAGCUCUGGGCCGUCCGUUUUCUAUUCCGCCCAAGCUCUGACACAAGCGAAGCGCCGUAUCAAAUCACAGAUGCUGAGAUGCAUGCCUUCGCGAUUGGAACAGAGUUCUGGCGACCGGAGUACAAGAACGUCAAGUAUGUUGGCUACGGCGACAGCAUCGUGCUCAAGCUAGGCGACGUUUACUACCCAUCGAAGAACGAGUCGACACCGAACAGCCGGGACAACAGCAUGAACGCUAAAAGAGCAGGACCAAUAAGAAAAGUAACGGUUAGGCUCCUGGAGGAGACCGAACUCAGCCCCACGUACACUUCCGCAGCAACAUCUGACUACGACAUGAACCCCAAAUCAAUCUACAAAGAGACUAACGAGUUGUACACCCCGAUCCGCGAAGCUGGCAAGGCCCUUGUCGCCGUCAAGAUGAUCAGUCGAGAAAUGUGUCGCGACAGGAUAGCCGAUGAAGUCGUCGCUCUCGAACGCGUUCGCAGCUCUCUCGCCACCGAUAAAAACAACACCGUCGCGAAACACUUUUCCAUCCUCAUCGACAACGAUCCAAUCAAGGACGGCGGAUCGGGCUGGCUGGUCGUCAGUCCGGUCUGUGGUUUCGAUCUUGAGCGGCUUCGAGUCGUGGUCACCGCGAUAAUACAGCCCUCAUCAGAAAACAAUCCUCCGCGCCGUUUUCCCUUCCCGGCGAUACCGGAGGUACUCAUACUACAUGUCGCAAAACAGCUAACGCAAGCAAUCGGGUGGCUCCACGACGUCGCCAAUAUCUCUCACAACGACGUCUUCGGCGGAAACGUAAUGCUCGACGUAUCCGCCUCAAGCAAAGCGUCUCAUUCCACACUACCAACCAUCGUCUUGAUCGAUUUCGACCGCGCCACCCUGGACCCUGACAACAUGGCAAAAGGCGCCGACCGCUCAUACACUUACGAGCUCAUAUACAUGCUCGACAAUGCAGGUCGCACGUCCUCACAAGAAACGAACGUGCUGGAAGACGCGAUCGUGCCAAAGGAAUCGAUGACCUGGUGGGACGCGUUUAGAAACUUUCUUGUUAUUAAUAAAGGCCAGUAUCUGCAGGAUGAGUCGGCGAGUUUCGCCAAGUUCUGGGGAAGGUUUGGCGCGGAUAUUGAUCGAAGGAUGGAGAAAAUAACGGAGGAGGAACGGGGACGGGUGCAGGAGCUGGUUGAUAUGGUUGCGAAGAAGGAGGUAAGGUUUCCAAGUGAGGAGAAGAUUAGGGAGGUGUUGGGGGAGUAG